AUGAAACAAACGGAGUUAGCAAAGUAUUUCGAGAAGACAGAGCAACUGACAGCAAUUGUGAAAGGUGUGACUGUAGGCCCAUCGAUCAAAGAAGCUGAUCUUGCAUGGAGAUCACUGAAUGGUCCAUUCGUUUCAGUUUGUCUUGGCUAUAUUCAUUUCGCUAACGAAGAUGCCAUGGCAGCACCAAAGGCAAAGUUUGUGGAUGGCUACUUGGAUGCUGCUAUAAUCAAAGAUUGCCCACUGUGGGAUGUUCUCGGGCUUGUGUUCCAGAUGAAGGACGCCGCCUACAUGAACUCACCAUGCGUGGAGUACUUCAAGGUGAAGGCGAUCCGGUAUCAUCGAGACAUCGACUCAGACGGGGAGGCAGCUCGUCCUCUAUAUAAUAGCUCAAUCCCAGUUGCCAGGCGACUGAAAUCGACGGCCUGGGCUGCAGUGAUUAACAGAUGGCAUUGGACAGCAGUGAUGGGCUUUUGUGUUGAACUAGAUGUAACAAAUGAGACAAAAUUCUAG